AUGGCCCCAGUAGCUCUUACACCCACCGCGCGCUCGCCCGUCCCAGUACCCAGCGCUAAGCUCACACCCACAAUGGCGAGCACUGCAUCACAGUCGAUGCCCGACGCGCUCAAGUCGCCUCACCAUCCUCGGCCGACGGAGCGCGUAUCAUCGGCACCGCGCGCCGAGUUCGCGUUCGAUGAUAUGGAAGAUGCACUCGCCAGUUUCGCUGCUGGCGAAUUCCUCGUCGUGAUGGAUGACGAGGGACGCGAGAAUGAGGGCGAUCUCAUUGUUGCUGCCAGUGCGAUCAGCACGGAGCAAAUGGCGUGGAUGAUCAAGUACACCAGCGGAUAUAUCUGUAUUGCGCUACCUGGCGAACGCCUCGAUGACCUGCAAAUACCCAUGAUGGUUCCCCUCAACGAAGAGAGGCACCGAACAGCGUACACCGUCACAGUCGACUACCGACACGGCACCAGCACCGGCAUCUCGGCGCACGACCGCGCCUUAACCGCCCGUGCACUCGCCUCGCCACACACCGCACCAACCGACUUCGCGCGUCCAGGACACAUGGUCCCUCUGCGUGCGCGCACUGGAGGUGUCCUCACGCGAAGGGGCCACACCGAGAGUGGCGCAGAUUUGUGCGAGCUUGUGGGGUUGCCGAAAGCAGGGUUGUUGUGCGAGCUGGUGAACGAUGACGAGGAGGGGAGCAUGAUGCGGAGGGACCAGUGCCGUGCAUUCGCGGACCGGUGGGGGAUCAAGAUGAUUAGCGUCGAGCAGCUGGCGAGAUAUCGCGCGGAACGCGAGAAGGCUGCAUAG